CAUUUGCACAGGGCAGGAUCCCCAGACCUCCACAAUGUCAGCCCCUGCCUCGGGGCCCCAUCCUCCUUCUUACCUGCUGCUGCCUCUGCUGUUGGGACUCACAGGUGUGGCAGGUGAGGCAGAACUGCAGGUGAUCCAGCCUGAGAAGUCGGUGUCUGUGGCAGCCGGACAGACGGCCACUCUUCACUGCACCCUGACCUCCCUGGUCCCCGUUGGGAAGGUCGAGUGGUUCAGGGGCACAGGGCCAGGCCGGGAGUUAAUCUUCAGUUUCAGAGGAGACCCUCACUCCCCUCGAGUAACAAAUGUUUCAGACGCCAUAAGGAGAAACAACAUGGACUUUUCCAUCCGCAUCAGUAACAUCACCCCAGAAGACACGGGAACCUACUACUGUGUGAAGUUCCAGAAAGGGAACCCCGAUGUGGAGUUUAAGUCUGGACCAGGCACCCAGGUCACCGUGAGCGCCAAACCUUCUCCCCCCGUGGUGUCGGGCCCCACGGCCAGGGCCACACCUGAGCAGACUGUGAGCUUCACCUGCGAGUCCCACGGCUUCUCCCCCAGAAACGUCACCCUGAAAUGGUUCAAAAACGGGAAUGAGCUGGCAGCCUCCCAGACCACCGUGGACCCAGAGGGAGACAGCGCUUCCUACAGCAUCUCCAGCACAACCACGCUGCCGCUGGCCCCGGGGGACGUUCGCUCCCAGGUCACCUGCGAGGUGGCCCACGUGACCCUGCAGGGGGGCCCUCCUCUUCGUGGGACUGCCAACUUGUCCGAGACCCUCCGAGUUCCACCCACCUUGGAGGUUGCCCAGCAACCCGUGACAGGGGACCAGGUGAUGGUCAUUUGCCAAGUGAAGAAGUUCUACCCCCAGCGCCUACAGCUGACCUGGUUGGAGAACGGACACGUGUCCCAAACAGAAACGGCCUCGACGGCCUCGAACCUCACAGAGAACAAGGAUGGGACCUUUAACUGGACGAGCUGGCUCCUGGUGAAUUUAUCUACCCACACAGAGGACGUGGUGCUCACCUGCCAGGUGCAGCAUGAUGGGCAGCAGGCAGUCACCAAAAGGCAUAUACUCAAGACCUCUGGCUACACCAAGGACCAGUGCACAGAUGGAAACUCGGAUCGAGAACUGUCCACUCCACUCCUGGUGGCUCUCUCCUUGGGCCCCAAGCUGCUGUUGCUCGUCUCUGUCUCUGCCAUCUAUGUCCACAGGAAGCAACGGAUUGACUGGUGAUCCAGGAGGAAAAUAGCACCGAGGACAUAGGAGACACGUGGAGAACAUGUCUGGAAUGAUGAGCAGAUAAUGAAAUGUGAACAUGGGUCCACGGCUCCUUCCUUCCUCCCCUGCUACAUGCCAUCCUCGGUCUCU